GCCGUCCACCGUACGCACCACACCGCCCAACCUUGUCCUGGUCAUGCUUGACGACCUCGGCUGGGCUGACGUCGGAUUCCACGGCUCCAACUUUCCCACGCCCGCCAUGGACGAGCUUGUCAACGGCGGGCUCGAGCUCAAACGGCUUUACGUUAACCCCACAUGCAGCCCAACCCGAAGCGCUGCGCUCACUGGUCGGCAUCCGUUCAACAUGGGCAUGCAGCACUGGACCACCACCUUUCCGGGCUCGACUGCUGCUCUCCCGCUGGACGUCCCAACCCUCGCCGAAGAGCUGAAGGCCAAGGCUGGAUAUCGAACAGAGAUGGUUGGCAAGUGGCACCUCGGCGCGGCAAAAGAGAGCAACCUGCCGCACCGUCGCGGCUUCGACAACUUCUACGGCAUCCUGCAGGGCGCAACCGAUCUGUACGAGCGUACGCUGGGCUUUUGCAUCAAUGAGGCGUUCGGCGUCGCGAACGGGACGUGCUUGCCGUGGGCCACCGCUAGCGGCAAGUCUCCUCUCGAGUCUGAGUUGGACGACAACGUGUUCUACGACUUUUGGGAGAAUUCUCGUCCGGUCUGGGAGGAUAAGGGAACCUACGUCAUGGACUCGUACAUUGAGCGGGUCGAGCGCAUCAUUGACCAGGCUGGAUCGACAGAGUCCAAUCCUACCGCGGAACCCCUGUUCCUCUACUUCGCAGAGCAGGCCGUGCACGCUCCCCUACAGGCUCCGCCGCAACCAGAGCACCUGCAGGCUUGCGUUGACGCCGGAGUCACAGGCAGCAGCUCGGCAGGGAACCGCGACAUGAGCAACCGCACGGUGUUGUGCUCGAUGGCAAACAAGGUCGAUCAUUCCAUCGGCCGCCUCGUGGAAGCGCUCAAGAAGAAUGGCAUGUGGGACAACACGCUCGUUUGGGUGCUUACCGACAACGGGGGCAUGGUUGACUGGGGUGGCGAGCUACUGGGCUGGUACGCCACCACCUCCUCCUCCAACUGGCCGCUGCGGGGGAUGAAGACGACUCUGUUCGACGGCGGUGUUCGCGCAGUCAGCUUCAUGACAGGGGGUUACCUUCCACAGUCGGCGCGUGGGCAGACGAGUUCAGAACUGUUGCAUGCGGUCGACAUCACACCCACGCUUCUCGCCCUCGCCGGCGUGUCCGAGGCUGACUCCCCGCCCAUGGAUGGGCUCGAUGCAUGGGGCGCUGUCACCACAGGCGGCACCACAGGCCGCGAUGAGAUCCCCAUCAACAUCGAUGUCGGCAGCAAAUUCGGCGAUGCCAUUGAAGACUUUCCCGCCAACAUGCUCAUCCCAAUGCUUGUCCCCAACUGGGCUCCAAACCCCCGCCUGGGCGUCCGUGGCGGGGCAAACUUUAGCGCGCUCAUAUCUUGGCCAUACAAGAUCAUCGUCGGGCUGCCCUCGAAUGCAAUUCCGGCGGACAAGUGGGGGUGGUGGUCCAUCGAAAAUUACAGCAUGGUGAAGGGCCCUCCGGCCCGUGAGCAUCCGCGCGCUCCCGUGCGCCUUUACAACCUCGAAGCGGACGAGGGUGAGCACAAUGAUCUCUCGGCAGCCCUUCCAGAGGUGGUCGAGCGGCUCAUGCAGCGGGUUGCGUUCUACGCCAACCCAGACAACGGCUUUCGCCGCCCGCAGAACAACAUCCCACGCCUCAGGGCAAACCCAAUGAAGCAGAACUGGACCAUCGGACCCUUCCUGUGAGACGGUGUUGAUUAACGGGUGUGAGACCAACAGUGUUGAUUAACGGAGGAGGAUGGCUGGCUGGCUCUCUACCCUUUCCGGUGGGACGGUGUUGAUUAACGGGUUGUGAUACCAACGGUGUGUUGUCUGUUGAUUAAUGGAGGAGCAGGAGGAUG